AACAGCCGGGAUACGGGGCGUAAAUACACCAUUCGCGCCGUAGACCAGCUCGGGCUCGAGAGACGGAAGUUUCGACGCGCGCACAGAGAUUUCCACGUUAUGGACGUGCUGUUGCUCGCGCUGGCCGUCGGCGUUGCUGUGGCUCUCUACGGCGUCAUGUACGUGGUGUGUGUGAGGGGCGCCUGGUGCAAGAGCAAGCGUACGCUUCACGGCAAGACAGUCAUCGUUACAGGAGGCAACACUGGAAUUGGAAAGCCCACGGCGUUGGACUUGGCACGCAGGGGCGCAAGGGUCAUCCUGGCCUGCCGCAAUAAACAGCGGGCCGAGGCAGCUGUUUGUGACAUCAUAAAGGAGAGUGGGAACAACCAGGUGGUGUACAUGCAGCUGGACCUGGCGAGCCUGCAGUCGGUGCGCUCCUUUGCCAAGACCUUCCUGAAGCAGGAAUCACGGCUGGACAUACUCAUCAACAACGCAGGACUUCACGUUCAGGGGAGAACUGAGGAUGGCCUUGGAAUGAUAUUUGGUGUCAAUCACAUUGGCCACUUUCUGUUAACCCACCUGCUACUGGAGCGACUGAAGGAGUGUGCCCCCAGUCGUGUAAUCAACGUAUCAUCCAUGGCCUAUAGAUGGGGACAUAUUGAUUUCGACAAUGUGAAGACCCACAAAGCCCUCAGGACCAGCAGUUCUUUCAUGCAGACAGUCAAGGCCUACUGCGACAGCAAGCUGUGCAACAUCCUUUUCACUCGUGAGCUGGCCAAGGGGUUGCAAGGAACUGGGGUCACCUGUUACAGCCUUCACCCUGGAGCAAUCAACACGGAGCUCAGUCGUUACGCCAACCCCAUCAUCAAGAUCCUGACUCGUCCGAUGACUUUUCUGUUCUUCAGGAACCCAGUGGCCGGAGCACAGACCACGUUGCAUUGCGCCUUACAGGAGGGCAUCGAGCCCCUGAGUGGUCGUUAUUUUAGCAACUGCGCUGUGAUGGAUGUGAAAGCCGAGGCACGGGAUGAUGCCACGGCCAAGAAGCUGUGGGAGAUCAGCGAGAGGUUCUGUGGCCUUUCUUGAGGCCUUAGAGAGACCAGCUGGGUAUCCUCUUUGGAGCUGAGAGAGGCCAGCAGGGAGGUGGAGACAACAACUCUAUGUUAGAUUUACUUAAAUUGUCUUUUUAAAUCUAAUCCUCCUUGUAUUGAUGAAUUCAGUGGAAUAAUUGGUAAUUUGUUUUAAAAUAAUUUGGACCAGCCCUGGGGGGUGCAGUGAUGCAGCAGGCUUUGCUGG